GGUCACUUCCCCCUCCACUGGAUCCAGACACUUGCAAGAGAGCAUAACUCCCAUCAUCUACAUCAAGUGAGACAGACAGAUAUAAUGGAAGGAGGCAAUACUCGCACUGCUGCCUCAUCCUACCUUGCAUGGUCGAUCCUCAACACUCUGUUCUGCUGUCUGCCUCUGGGAAUUGCUGCUAUCGUCUACUCAUGCAAGGUGCAAAAUGCUAAUGCUGUUGGAGAUUCGGUUGUAGCUACAGAUGCAUCAAGGACAGCCAAGAACCUAAACAUCGUGUCGCUCGUCUGUGGAAUAAUUCUGAUCAUCAUUCUUGUCGCUGUCCAAGUCACUGCUAGGCAACACUGAGAGGGCUCUUGUUGCCAGAAGAUGCACUGCAAUCUCUGCAAAGCUGUUCUUUCAAUCUACUUCCCCUCCACACAGUGUACCGCUAAAUAGGAACAUAUGUCUGUAUGUGCUCGCAUGUUUGUGCUAUAAGGUUUCUAAAAAACAUUCCAGGAAUGCUGAAGGCUUGUAGUAGUAAAAGCCAAAAAUAUGUAUGAGUUGUUCAAGGAGAAAGAUAAUUCUACUUUGCAGUGUUGCUUGCUUUGUGGUUAUGUUGCAAAAAUAAAUAAAUCCUGCAACAUGAA